AUGACUCAAUCUAAGAAUGAUGACCCAGUCGACGAAGUAGAUGAAGAGGACGAGGCGAUUGCUGGUCCUAUCAUGUCUAAAAAUGAAGUGGCUGAUGAGAAAGCAAACUCCCUACCGGCUGAUUAUGCAGUGCCGGAAAAUGCUCCUCUAGAGUACAUUGGCACCUUGACCGGACUAGUGGAAAAGAGUGCCAUCAUUAAAGCAAAUGUGUCUGGGGAGUUUAGAAUUUUGAAAGAUGAUUCAGUUCUCUGUUUCGAGGACAGACAACUAUUGGGCCCGCUUUUCGAGACUUUUGGGCGUUUACAAGCGCCGAAUUACAGGGUCAAGUUUAAUUCAGAGGCGGAGUUCGAAAAAAUCAAGGACAAGAAGGGAAGCAAGAUCUUUUACGUCGUCCCCAGCUCUCAGUUUGUCUACACAGAUGCCCUCAAA